UGUAACCGACUCUUGUAAGUUGUGACUUGUGAGUACUUUUUUCCUCUGGUUACAUUAAUUUGUUGCGAUAUUCAACAAGUGGUCACUGUGUACUGACAACCAUUUUCCUUUUACUGUUAUCUGUAGUCUGUUGUAAUAGUGUAGUUAAUGUUUAGUGUUUACUGUGGCGACGUGAAUUGUACAUGAUGCACGUAAUUCUAUUUCUGUUAAUACAAAGUAAACCUAACAACAUUAUGAUUUUUUGACAUUCAUAAGUGUUAUAUGUGAAACAUUUUUGGGACAUAUUUAUAAUUUGUACAAGUAUUUUAUACAGAAUGUCUACCAUUAAAUUAUGUUUGUGUGCACUACACACAGAUAUUGCACAAAAUGGUAGUAAUUUGGAUGUUCUAGCUGCUCAACAGCGCAUUUUUCAGAUAAAUCAGUAUUUCAAAAGUGAUAUCACAUCUAUUGAAUCUGAGUUAGCUCUCAAAAUUUUAUUUGCGGAUGAUAAAGGAAUUAUACGUUUUGCAAAAUCAAUAAUCAGCUUAGAUUCAACAAAUACUAAAAUGGUUACAGCUGAUAUUCUGUUCUUAUUUCAACAGUUAAUUGAGUUAUUUCCUAUAUAUGUUGUUAAUUAUAUCAGACCAAUAAUGAAUUUAUGUAAUCUAUCCAUCAUAACUUCAAAAAAAAAUGCAGACUUAAGUAUAAGAACUUAUCAAAUAUAUGAAAAACUAUUAGAAAUAAAACAUUUCAGUGAUCAAAUUGAAAUCAAUAAAAUAGUUGAACACUUAGAUAAUCAAGUUUCGUUAGGUGACAAAAUACCCCCUACAGCUCGCCAGCAUAUAUAUAAUCUAUUUGGUGUAAUUGCUCAACAUCAUCCUAUGUACCUAAAAAAUUAUGAAGAUAAACUUAUGAAUCUCUUUUGUUAUGAACUCCAAAAUCAAAUAGAUAUAAGAGAGACAAAUUUAAAAAAGUUUUUACCUCCUGUGGCUAUAGGAUGUUUAAAUGGAUUGACAGGAUUUUUAAAUAAUUUUGCAGACCAUAUUAAAACUCAUGAUUAUUGUCUACGUUUGUAUGAAAUAUUAAAAAAAUUGAUUGGAAUUGUUGAAGAAAAUAAAAGACAUGUUAUUAAUCGAACUGGUCUAAAUUUAUUUCAAAAACACAUUCAAUUAUUUUUAAAGUUAUUAUUUAAAAAUUUAACUGAAAUUAUGUGGUUUCAAAAAAAGCUUUGGGAUUGGAGUUUAUUGCCAAAUAUAGAAGAUAAAAAAAUUGGAUUAUUUUCGUUUGAAAUUCUUUAUAAAGGGGCUUCAAUAGAAUUUUCAAAGCAUAAUAUAAAUACUGGAUCAAGUAUUCAACAAGAAAUAAUAAAAAAUAUGAUUAAGUUUUUAAAAUUAAAGUUAUGUGAUCUCAAGUUAAAUUAUCAAGAACAUGCAGCAGUAGUAAGAAGUAUUGGUUGGUUAGCUGAACCAUGUAAUAAUCUUUUGGGAGAAGAACAUUUAAUUGAAAUAUUUACUAUUUUGUCUCUAAAAGCUGAAGAAAAAUAUUUAAAUUGUCAAAUUGGAAAAAGUACCUAUGAUCCAAACGCAGCUAAUUAUUUAAAUUCAUUAUCACUGAUUAUAAGAAAUAUUAAAUCUCUAAACACCGAUCAAUUUUUAUUUAUUCAAAAAUUAAGCAUUUAUUGUUUUAACGAUUUUAUAUUUGCUCAGUCAAAAUCUGAAUGGCAAGACAAUAUUAGUAAUGCUAUAAUUAUUUCUAUAUACUGUAUAGCAUUAUCGCAUGAAAAAAUUUUAGAUCAGUACUUAAAACAAUUAUUUUAUGUAGGAUUAAUAAAAUCUUGUUCACAUCGUGCAGCUAUUGAUGCUGAAAUAGUAGAAGAAUGUACUGGGCAUGUAUUAAUUAAAAGUACUAAUUAUGUUUCACUAUGGAUAUCUCUAUUAAAAGCACACCAAUGUCAUUUAUUCGAUUUAUAUUUAAAUAUACCAAUAAUAGUAAAAUCCAUACUAGAAAAAUCACUUAUGUGUAGUUUUAUGUCCAGUGUUUUAAAAAUAAUAAGAAAAUUAGAUUUAUUUACAAAUAAAUCUUCAGAUGAAUUGGAAGUUGAAUAUAUUGCCAGAAAACCUUCAGAUAUUACAGCUUUGGUUAAUUUAGUUGAAAUUUACAGUGAUGUAUUGCAUAAUCUUGAGCUUGAUAUUGAAUCUGCAUUUUCAUGGUUGCCUUAUACUCUUAAUGUUAUUAUCAACCAUUCUAUUGAAUAUCCAACUAUUAGUUCAUUGUAUAGGAUAUUAACUGUUAUUUUUCAAGAGCUAGAUUGGUGCAAAUUUUUAGAGGAAACUAACAAUAAUACUAUUAAGGAAAACAUUAUAGAAUAUGUGAAUUGUGUAAUGGUAUAUAUAAAUACAUUUAAAGGAGAUUUGCAGUAUUGCUGUCUUAAAAUGUUAAUGAAUUUACCUUCAGUUAUUAUUAAAGAAAUAUUUAACACUCAGAUAGUGGAAGUUGUAAAAUCUACACUAAUAGUGGGUUCGACAUUUCUACCUUUGGCAAAAACUGCUGUAAGUGCUCUUAAAACAUGGCAACAAGAUUUAUCAAAGAAUGAAAUGGAUCAACUUUUAAAAUGCAUUAUGCCAUAUCUUGAUUUAUUACUUAGGACUAAAGGAUAUGACAAUGAAGUUGAGUUAAAUAAUUUAAUACUAGAUAAAAUGCAAAUACAAGAUAAUAAAAAAAGAACAUUACUUAAACAGAAUAAACUAAUUAUGAAACCGGAAACUGAACUAGAAAUUGUACAGAUUCAAAUUCUUGAAUAUAUAGCUCAAUUGGAUAUGUCUACUUGUUUAAAACUUCUGGGAGAUCCGGAUAAAAUUAUAAACUAUCCACGCAAUAUAAUAAAUUACCAAUUAUCAUUUAAUGAUUGUAAAAUAAACAUUUCUUUUGAUCAUCUUCUUCCUAGAAUUUUAGAGUUAUGCCAAUAUUGCAGCAAUCGUCAAAUUCGAUUUACUGCGUGUGAAAUUUUUCAUGCCUACAUUAUACUUUAUCUUGGAAAUAAUCUUAUAUUAGAACGUUCUAAACCAACAGAAAUGGAAAUAGUUACAAUAAAAAUUAUUCCAAUAGUUAUAAAAUUGGCUUGUGAUAUGGAUAAUCUUAUUCAACAACUUUUUGAACCUUUAGCAAUUGGGAUUGUGCAUUAUUUUGCAAGUGGAAUCCAGUAUAAUAGCAUUUAUACCCCUAUUAUUAUUGAUAUAUUAAUGGAUAGUAUAUCAGAAAAUAGCAAUGAAGCAGUUAGAGAUUUUUCUGCAAAAUGUAUUAUGGAAUUUUUACGUUGGUCAUUAAAAGAAAGCAAUUUAUCUCAAAAACUUUCAAUUAGUUUGCGUAUUGUUAUAAAAAAAAUUAAAUCCUUUUGUUUGCAUUCUGAUCCAAAUAAACAGCUAGGAGCUGCUAUUGCCUUUAAUUCUUGCUAUUCUAUACUACGUGAAGAUGAAAAUAUUAUUGAUGAAUUGUGGAUUCAAUUGUUAUAUUAUUUUAUUGUUAAACUUGAUUCAACCAAAUCAACAAAUUCAGAACAACACGUAUUAAAAUCUAUAGAUCAUUUACAAAGAGUAUUCUUAGAAAAAUCUAACUUAUUUAAUGAAGUUUGUAUUUCACGAAUAAUACCAAAACCAUUUCUUGGGACUCAAUUAUUUAAUGUAGUUGAAUGGCUUUUAAGAUAUAUUGGUUCGCCAAUGACCAGUUGUAGGUCAAAGUGUUUAAAUAUGGCUAAUUCUCUUUCUAAGAAUGUAAAAGAUCACUAUUCAUUAAAAAGUAUUAUAAAUUCAUUUAUAAUGUCACACGGAGAAAAAGAAUUAAUUAAAUGUAUUGAACGAGAUUUGAAUUCAUUUAAUGUUUUGACAAACAUUAACAUUUUAAUACAUUGGUUGAAUCAACUUAUUGCUACUUUAGAUUGUUAUACAUCACUUUUUAAAAGAAGCAUGAUGGAUAUUAUAGUAUUGAAAAAUCCCUGUUCCUGUUUGUUUCAGUCUAUACAUCAGUUUUUAUUUCAUAUUGAAGAAUUCAGUUUAAUGGAAUGGUUAAUCUAUUUAAACAUACCAUUCAAAGAAAGUGACAAAAAUAUUAUUAUUCAAUCUAGAUAUUUUAAUACUUUAAAAAACCAUGUUAUAGUUGGUAUUUUUCAAUUCAUAAAUGCAUUUGAAAAUAAUUUAAUUAGUGGAUUAUUGGAUGAUGAAAAUCACGAGAAAGUUUAUAAUCUUGCUAUCAAAUAUCUUUUUGAUUGUGAAAUGGUUUAUUCUGAUGAAAAAUUAAAUCAACAUAAACUAGUGAUACUUCAAUAUAUUAAGAUACCGUAUAUUUCAAAUAAAUUUAAUAACAAAUUGAAACAACAUCUUUCAAAAAAUUGGUCUAAAAUUGAAUUGAAUUUCAAUACAUUAACUGAAUUUACAUUUAAAAGAAAUUUUAUUGCUGUAAAUCAGUUGAUCCUUGAAUGCAAUAUAUUUUCAACUCUGGAUCUUGAAAAAAUUGUGAAUCGAAAAUAUAUUCUUGAAAAUGUAUUUAAAUAUGUAUAUAAUGAUGGAGUAAUUGUAAUACUUGAGUCAACUAGAUUGUCAUACUUUGAAAAUUUGAUAGAAUUUUUAAUAAAUCUUGAUUGUGGGUAUUAUUUGAAAAAUCCUGACAUUUUUGUUAUUAAAUUGCUUACUGAAUAUCCAUUAAAUGAUCAGAUAUUAUAUGUGAUCUUAGAAAUUCUUAGAUCAUCUAAUAAUAAAAAUAAAAAUGGCCAAGGAAAGUUACUAAUUGAAAAAAUUGUAAACAAUAGACAGUUCUGUGAAGAAUUUAAAAAACAAUUUACUUGGAAUGAAUUAUUUGAGUUUGUGGAAUUAUCAUCUAAUAUAGUUGAUCAUUUUAGAAAUGAAAACAUGCAAUUUUUUCAACGAUGGAUUUGUGAGCAUUUAACUAAUAACAAUUUAAAUAUUUAUCAUAAAUGCCGACUUCUGGGAUUUUUACCAAAAUUGGUUUCAAAUCAAAAUUAUAAAGAAAAUCUUGAUUGUACUAUUAGACUAUCUGAUGAAACUCAACUUCUAUGUUGUAAUUUUGUGUAUAAAAAGUUUCAAAAUGAAUUUAUUUCUGAAAAAGAAAUGUUCAAGUUUUUUACCAACAUAGAACUUAAAAAAAUACCAUACACAUAUAACGGAAGCCAAUCUAAAGAUUUGAUAACUCAGUUUAGAACUUCUGCAGUGAAAGUUCGUUAUAGUAAUGUUGAUUACACUAAAGGAUCAAAUGAAAUAAAACAAUUAUUUAGACAGUUACAUUGUUAUUCAUAUAACACGCUUAUAACUAUUAUUAGCAACACUGAGGAUGAUGUUAAUAAAUACACAAUAUUUUUGUUUAAUGAGCGUCCAACAAAACAAUUUAUUUGGAGAAAUUUAGUAGAUUGUUCUAAAUGCUAUGAAUUUCCUAUAGACUUUGAAAUGUCUCAAUCAUUUAAUCAAAUGUUAAGUGUCGAACUAGAAAUGGAUAGCUUUAAUAAUCACGAAUGUAUGGCUCAUUUGUGUGCUGUUAUAAAAUACUUAACUUCAGAAAACCUAAUUGGCACUACAAAGAAACCUAACAUGGAUAUGCCAAAUUGGAUGAAUAAUUUAAAAUUAGUAUUCUGUGAUAAUUCAACAGACACAAUAAAUUCAAAAAUAUUACUUAUAAAAUUGAUUAUUAAUUGUGAAACUAAUUUUGAACCAUAUGCAAAACACUGGUUUAGUCCAUUAAUGCAAUUUGUGUUAGAUAAACAUCUCGGAAAUAAUUUAAAUUAUUUUAUAACUGAUGUGGUAUCAAUGCUUGUUUCGUGGCAUAAUACUGCAGUUCCUUCCACAGAAGAUGAAAAACUUCUUGCUAAAAAGCUGUUUUCUUUUCUUUUGUCAGUUUCUCAUAGUGAAGUAAAAAAUAUAUUUAAGCAUAACAUGGAAUUCAUUAAUGGAACUGAUAAUCAACUAAUAUGUUUGAAAAUUGUACUACAACUUAUACCAACUAUUCAUGCUGAAAAUCUAAUAAUAUUAAUAAAAAUAAUUGCUGAAAUUUCACAACAAAAAAAUAAUGAUCAUAGAAAGUUGAUUUAUGAAAUAAUGUAUGUUACAUAUGAAAUUUACUUAGGAAAUAAUACUAAUACUUCAAAACAAAUUACGGAACAAUGUAAAAUGGUCUUAUUAAAUGGUCUUAUGGAUAAUGAUGAUGAACUUCGACAUAAAGUAUUUAGAUUUUGGGCAGAUGAUAAGAGAUUACCAUUGAAAUGUGUUGAUCGUUUACUAAUUCUUUUGGAUCAACUUUACUCACCAGAUAUUGAAUCACAUUUUUUAGGAAAUUUUGUUAGCAUACUACUAGAAUCAUGUUGUACAGCUUUAGAUUAUAAUCAAAAUAUAUUUCAAUAUCCUCUACAUGCUUGUAAAUUUGAAGAUUAUAAUUUAACUACAACAUGGCGUGCAAAACAUACAUCUACUUUUCCUAAAUUUGCUGACACUAUUGUUAGCCAACUUAACCGUUCGAAUACACUUGGAAAUUCUGAAUCUAAUAUCAAGGAAAAAUUCCAAAUAAAAAAUACAAUGACUUUACAAUUUCAACCAACUAUAAUUCAAACUCAACUAACUGAUAGUAUUUCAAUUCUAAAGUCUUAUUCUCAAAUGCCAUCAGAUGAAAUAAACAUAUCUACGUUAGGUAAAGAAAGAGCACAAAAACGUGAAUCAUCUGUUAACACAUAUAGAAAAUAUAGGAUUGGAGAUUUUCCUGAUAUUGAAAUUUCAAAUGCUUCUGUAAUUAAGCCAUUGAUUGAAUUAUCCAAAAGGGAUAAUAAUAUAGCAAGGAUAAUUUCUUCAUCAAUCAUGUAUGGAUUGAAAAAUAAUCCAAAAGUUAAUGAGCAAUAUUUUGAAAGUUUAAAUAAAUCUUUAAUUACUAUGUUAAAUCAUAGUCAUGGUAAUCAUAGUCUUACGGGAUUUAUUUUAGAUACAGCAUGCUGUUAUCCCACUCAAAUUAAUUUAGAUCCAAAUAAAGUAACUGAAGUCGCAACAUCGUGUGGCUUAAUGUCAUUAGGAGCAUUAGUUAUAGAAACAUCAAUAAAUUAUUUACAAUCAACACAAGUUGAUUUACACAUUGAAAAGAAAUCUAAAAUUACUUAUAAAUGCCUAGAUGACAAUUGGAUAAAAUUAGCAGAGAUAUACAAAAAUAUGGGUGAAUUGGAUGUUGUUGAAGGUAUAUUUCAGGAAAAAGUUAAUAAUUUAUCAUGUGAUUCAUUAAAAGAGGCAUUGAAAGCUGAACAAUCUCAAGAUUGGCGAAUGGCUCAAAUAAAGUUUAAAUCAUGCUCAGAAAAUUUAUCUGACUGGAAAGAAAUCAAAAAAAUGUUAAAAUCUCAAACAGGAGAAAGUUAUGAAAGAAUUUGGGACAAUAAUUGGUACAAAAAUCAUCUUUUGCAUAGAAUUUUACAAUCAGAAUUAAAUGAAAUACUUAAUGGCACGUAUAAUGAUAAAUUUAUUGAGACAUUUAGCAAUUGGUUAAAUGACAAACAUAAAGAAGAAUAUAUAUUAACAUGUGUACCAGCUCAAGCUUGUAUGAUAUUUUUAUGUUGUGAUGAUUUAAAUAAAGCACAACUAUGGUGUAAACUUGGAAUGCGUAAUUUUCUUAAAGAAUGGGAAAAUAUAUCACCUCAAUAUUAUAAGCUACGAGCUAGUAAAUUGUUAAAUUUACAAACACUUUCAGAAAUCUAUAUAAUAUCAUCAAAGAACAGUGUUCUAAAGUUUGUUUAUUAA